AUGUCGAGAAAGUCUCGGACGACGGUGCUGCCGGAGCAGUCGGUUUCGCCGUUGGUGGCAUUCGACAAGUCCCACAUGUUGUGUGUGCGCUCCGCCGACGGUCACCGCUUCCUGGUGGACCGCAACUGCGCGAUGGUGAGCGGCGUGCUGCGGCGCAUGAUGCGUAGGAAAAGCUGCGACGGCGACACCGCCACUGCCACCACCACGACGGCCACAACGAUCACCACUGUCACCACGCCGUCCCCUACCCCGAGUGAGGUGAUACGCAUUGGGUGCGAGUCGUACGAGUUGCUUCAGCUGGACGAGAUACGCAGCGACCUGCUGGAGUUGGCGCUGCAGGCGAUGCACUUCAAGUACAGGUACGACGGCGACCCGGAGAGACGGCCGCUGGAGCCGCAGCACACAGCGGAGACCAGACACAAGCUGGCGGCGUUGAGCGUGCUGUUGGAUAUGUAA